AUGGAUUUUACGGUCAAAACUACCGGCACCCUUAGUGCCGGUACUGCUGCAUGUCGAGAGCAUGUGGUGUCCGGAAAAGUUGGUGAAUCUGUGGUACUACCCUGUGAGGUGGAUACUCAUGGGUGUGGAAAGAUAUACGUCAUCACAUGGACCAAACACAUCGGGGAUGAGUGGCGCAGAGUAUAUCUAUAUAGCGACACUCAUUCGAAACCCAUGAACUCUUUCGCGGGAAGAGCCCAUUUCAUUCUUCACAACAACUCGAAUGCCGAACUUCAUCUGAGGUCAUUGAAUGUUUCUGACGAAGGCACAUACAAGUGUGACGUCACAUACGUGCAUGGAAAAUGUCCCUCAUUGACAUUCACCAAACUUUACACAUUAAUGAAGCCUAAACCACCAGAAUUGUACGUCGAUGGUUCGCCAAUCCAAAAUGCCUCAACCCUUGGACCCUAUACAGAAGGAUCAACUUUCAUUUUGGAUUGUCGGUCGUCGGGAGGUCGACCACCACCCCUGGUCACUCUCUGGAAUGCAACAAAGUCAUUGUCAGCUAAAAGCCAUGUCCAAACUGGAGAAGAUGGGGCCAGUGACGUCAUAGUUACAGCAAGAUUUGUGCUUUCUAGAUGGGACUUAGAAUCCAAACUCGAGUGCCGAGUUCAAAGUAAUGCUACAUUAGCGCCUAUGGUUAAAUGGAUUAAACUAGAUAUACAUGUGAAACCUGUAUCAUUGCGCGUACGUGGACCAACAACACCAGUAGUCGCCGGAGAAAUGGUUUCUUUAACAUGUACGGUCGAAGGUUCGAGACCAGCAGCUUCCAUCACUUGGUUCAACAGAUCACGUGAAGUGGAACCCCAACCUCCAGCAUCGCAAGAUCUGAUGAGUGAUGCCACAUACCGGACAUCUUCUACACUAGUUUUUAUAGCCUCGCGGCACGACCAUUUGGGUGAUUUUUGUUGCCAAGGUCUCAAUGAAGUUCAGAAACUACAGCAUCAACCACCUCUUCUGCAUGCAGUGACUUUAGAUGUGCUUUAUCCACCAUCAGUGAGUGUCCAACCAGUGGGAGGGUUAAUAGUCAACGAGAGUGGUGAAGCUGUUUUGACUUGCAAUUUCAGCGCCAAUCCCCCAAAUGUCACUGAAGUCAUUUGGUACAAGGACGGUCUACCGCUUCGACAAUACAUUCCACUUCCUGUGAUCACGCCAAAACUUACCAAAUCACCGAGUGCCUCUUCAAGUGGAAGCCCAUCGUUUGUGCCGAGUCCACAAUUGAUACUGAGGAGAGUGUCCAGGAAAGAUGCUGGCUCCUACGGAUGCCACGUCAGGAAUGCCUUCGGAAGAGGGAAUUCCAGUAACACUCUGGGCUUGGACGUCUUGUAUCCACCAUCAGUGAGUGUGAGUGUUGUCCCAGAAGUUGCAGCCGAGAUGACAGAGGCAGUUUUGUCGUGCAAUCCUAUUGAUGGCAAUCCUGCUAUGCUGAUGGCUGUCAGAUGGUAUCACAAUGACUUGCCCAUUUUUGGUGACCACGCAGAAACAGAGAGGAACGAACUCACACUCAAGAAUCUGACAAGAGACGAGAGUGGCAAUUAUACAUGCAGGGGGCUUAACACUGCCGGCUGGAGUUCAGAUUCAGAAGCAAAAUAUUUGGAUAUUCACUAUCCACCUGGGUCUGCAACGAUUGCUCAGCUGGAGACAGUUGCUGUAAAAAGUCACACUGUGACGCUUUCUUGUCAGCUAGAUGACCUCGGACACCCAGAGGCCUCGAAAUAUCUAUGGGAGUCACCCACUAGAGUGAUGAGCAAUAACGGUUCUUCGAAUCAAGUCACAACAUCUGCUUCUGUACUGACCAUGGAAAAAGUGAAUGCAGCGUCUGAGGGAGUUUAUUUCUGUGCUGGAAGAAAUGAGGUGGGAACGGGACCAUUGGGCCAUUUUAAACUCAAACUAAGCGCUCCGCCAGCUUUCGUUCGACCUCUACCAAAAGAAUCUGGUGCCGCAAGAAAUGCGUCAUCAGUUCGAUUGAUGUGCCACGUGGAAUGUGAUCCCCUCUGCAAUGUGACAUGGUAUCGUGGAACAGACUCUUUGUUAGACUCAAAGUUCUUUCUCACAGAAACGAUGGUCCUGGAUCCAGAUCCGAAAAGGAACGUCCUCAAAUCUGUGGUUAGCACUCUGUCCUGGAGUUUAAGUCAUCUACCAGCAACGAGUUUCGAUUUCAGUACUUUCACUUGUGUGAGCUCAGCUAAUGAUCUCGGUCCUAGUGUAAAUAGCUCCACGCUUUUCAGGAUAGAAUAUCCACCAGAAAACAUCCAGGUAUCCUUGAACUUAAUUGAUAUCGUAGAAGGAGAAACACCCGAAGACGUAGUUUGUUCUGCAUCUGCCUUUCCUCCUGGACAUUACCUUUGGACAGUGGGGGAGACAGUUCUGUCUCGGUCUCACGUCUUAUCCUUCAAUGCUUCAGUUACGAGAGACAUGGCAGGAAACUACUCUUGCAACGUCAAGAACUCCCAUGGGCAUGCCAGGGCUGACUUGGUACUCAUGGUUAAUCAUAGACCGGAAUGCAGCAUCAGGAAGGAUUACAACGACCAACGACAAAUAGUUCUCAUUUGUCAUUCCGUAGCCUACCCCGCUGUGACGAACUUCAGUUGGUUCAAGGACAAUGUAUCACUAAAUGGCAUGAGAGACGCAAUGCAUAGGAACGGCAGGCAUGAAAGUACCCUGGUUCUCAGCAAUGAAGACCACAACGAGAAUCUAGCUAGGUACUCCUGCGUGAGCACCAACUCCAUGGGCCCAUCUGAUCCUUGUAAGCUUCAACUUACAUCUCUACCUGGUGAGUGCAGCUCAAAACUUCUUCUCAUUAUGACUUCACAAAGCAAGCUUGCUAUAAAAGAUGUUAAGGUCUACCCAACUUGUGAAAAGUGCAGAGGUUAUCUGGAUCCUCUCGAGGGUAUCCUUGAUAGUUCAGUUUCUAGAUUGGAACUAGAAGAAAAUGGUAUUAAAUCGUCUGAUGUUCCAGGAUUUGUGGCUCACCAGUCUGCUCCAUCUGGUUGGGUGUUACAAGAAGAAAACUUGAUCAUUGUAGCAGGAGUAGCGGGAGGUCUUGUCAUUCUAAUGGUUUUCCUUGUUAUCACUGCAGCUGUGGUGGCAGUCAAGAGAAGGAUAUCAGCAAUCGAUAAACCAGACAUUGACGAAAGACAAAAUUUUUCUUUUCAAAGUUUUGAUGUGAGGGGUCCAUCAGGAGAAAGCAAUCUCUGCAGCAGUAUAACUCCCAUAUUGCCAACAUCACCAAAUCCCCUGGAUUCCAUGGGUGGUGUCAUGAUGCCACUGCUCUCUGACAUGAAGAAGAUGUCACCUCCACCACGACCACACAUCAUUUCCCCCCUCCUACAUCAUGGAGGGAAGAACUUACACAAUAGGAGGUUCUUGCCCAAUAAUUGUCCAGUGUGA